AUGCGAAGGCUACUUCUGCUCACUGUAGCAGCCUUGCUGCAGGUCACAGAGGCCUUAUGGAAUGGUGCCGUUCCCGUAAAUCCCGCCAACUACCCAACAAAGGAUGCAGUACCGACUGCAAAACCUGAAUGGCUGACUCUAUAUAGUGAGUCAAGUGGUAAUCAUCUAGUUUUGAAAAAUACUGGAUUCACUCUGGGAAUUGAUGCUACCAAAGAUAUUGUCUAUUGCCCCAACUCCAAAACAGUCUGGGGAAUCACACUGGACGACGGGCCUUCACCGUAUACUCCAAAAGUGCUGGACUUUUUGGAUUUGAUACCAGAGGUCAAGAUCACCUUCUUUGUAAUUGGUUCGAGGAUAAUGGAGCAUCCCGAUGUCCUCGUCCGUGCUUUUAACUCGGGACAUCAAAUAGGUUGCCAUACAUGGUCGCAUCCGUACCUGGCUUCUUUGACCAAUGACCAGAUCAUAGCGGAAAUGAUGUGGUGUGAUACACUGGUCUAUGAUAUGAUAGGAGUACAUCCUAGAUACAUGCGGCCUCCGUACGGAAAUAUCGAUACCAGGACGCGGGCCGUGCUGAAAUUGAUGGGAUAUCAAAUUGUCGUAUGGUCUCAAGAUACCAAAGACUUUCAAUCGAGCAUACCGUCAAACAAUUUCAAUGAGCAAUGGAUUGUCAACAACAUGUCGAUUUGGGCAACAGAACAAAAAGCAGGCAGUCUAGUGUCAGGGAACAAUUCACCAAUAACCCUUGAGCACGAUCUAUUCAAUAUCUCUGCAGACGCAGCUCCAUAUGCCAUGAUGCAGGUUCUAUCAAGGGGAUUUGACGUGCAGCCUAUAGGGACGUGUCUUGGAGACCAACAAUGGUAUAGCGGAGUCUACUCACCUGCGCCUCCUAAGUAUAACUCGACUACUCUACCAACAUGGCCACUCGCAGUCAUUAAUCCAUCACCCGUCACGACGUCUGCCGUAACAGCUACAGCAACAGCUACAGCCGCAGCAUCAAGCGUCGCCACCAGGACUAGAACAUCAUCAUCUAAUAUUAUCGUAUCGAUACCUUUUCUUAUAUCAUUCUUUUGCUUGACAUCAGCAUAUUUAUUAUAA